CUCCUGUGAGAACAUUCAUUUCCCCUGCAGCGCCCCCGAGCCUCUCCAAAGACGAGCAGCUCUCCGAAGCGAGCGCGCCUUUACGCGUCACAACGUCACAUAAAGGAAGUGAUUCCGUUUGAUGGAUUGCUGAAUUUUUUACAUCUUGGUGGCUUCCAGAGCUACUUAAAGAUUUUUUCAAGAAAGGCAUUAACAUUUCGGAGGAUCAGUUGCUGCAGGUCCUGUGUGGGAUCACUCCGCUGACCGGGAGCAUUACGCGCAGCGCUCUGCAGAAUUCCUCCGAGCGAGGCACAAAAGCGCACCAAACUGUGGCUGUUUUGGGAAGACAAGACGACAUAAAACACCAAAGAUGAUACAAAGGAAUAGUUUUCUGUCAGGAUGGAUUUCACCAGUUUAAAUCUGAAGCUGGAAAACGACUCCUGUGAUGAAAACACCACUGGCCCGGCGCCCUCUCCGCCCUACCCACACGCAGCUGCGGCUCUCAUCAUCGUUGUCGUUACUGUGAUCAUUUUGGUGACUAUUGUAGGAAAUGUGUUGGUAAUUGUUGCAGUACUCACAAGUCGGGCUCUGCGCGCGCCUCAGAACCUGUUCCUGGUCUCUCUGGCAUCAGCGGACAUCCUGGUGGCCACGCUGGUCAUCCCCUUUUCUCUGGUCAAUGAGGUGAUGGGUUACUGGUACUUUGGAAGCACCUGGUGCGCCUUUUAUCUAGCCCUGGAUGUUUUAUUCUGCACAUCAUCUAUCGUGCACCUGUGCGCCAUCAGUUUGGACCGCUACUGGUCCGUGACAAAGGCGGUGAGCUACAACCUGAAACGAACUCCAAAGCGCAUCAAGUCCAUGAUCUCAGUGGUGUGGGUAAUAUCUGCGAUCAUCUCCUUCCCUCCUCUCGUCAUGACUAAACAUGAUGAGCGGCUGUGCGAGCUGAACGAUGAGACCUGGUACAUCCUCUCCUCGUGCCUGGUCUCCUUCUUUGCCCCGGGUCUCAUCAUGAUUCUGGUUUACUGUAAAAUCUACAAAGUAGCCAAGCAGCGCUCCUCCACCGUGUUCGUGGCCAAGAACGGCCUGGAGAGAGAGCCCUCCCAGUCGGAGACCUGCUUCGUCAGGAAGGACCGCUUCGAGGUGGAGAGUCCCAGCAGCCAGAGCUCCGGCAGCCGUCAGCGGAGGCAGGGGGAGCUGGACGACAUUGACCUGGAGGAGAGCUACUCCUCGGACAACAAGCCCCGCCACCACCGCUUCACCAAACGCAGGAAAGUGGAGGGUUCGGACUGCUGCCCGCCCCAGAGCUGCCGCCUCUCCUGGGCUGCGGCCCGGGUUCUCCAACCGGAACAGAAGAACCCGUCCGAACGGCAGCAGUUAGCCGCGGCCAACAAAACCAAAGUGGCCCAGAUGCGCGAGAAGCGCUUCACCUUCGUGCUGGCGGUGGUGAUGGGGGUGUUCGUUCUCUGCUGGUUCCCGUUCUUCUUCACCUACAGCCUCCACGCAGUCUGCAGGAACACCUGCCACAUCCCCGACGCACUUUUCAAACUUUUCUUUUGGAUCGGCUACUGCAACAGCUCCGUGAACCCCAUCAUCUACACCAUCUUCAACAGGGACUUCAGGAAAGCCUUCAAGAAAAUCAUAUGCAGAACUUCAAAGCGCUCGUGAUGGGGUGGGGAGGGGGGCAGCUGUAUGGGGCUCCGAUUGUAAGAAAAAACAUUUAAAACAGCCGUGUUUUACCACAUUUAGCUCUACAUUAGGUUAAUAAUAACAGUUAAAAUAAAUAUAGUUUACAACCAGAUUUAAAUAGUGAAAUAUUAAUAUUUUGCUCCAUAAAUAAAUAUAUAAAGUUAAGCCCAAUUAUGUAGAAUUAAAUCUAAAUAUGAUCCUAAAUCUAAAUAUCUUCAGCUAAAUACAAACGUUAUUCUGACUGAAACAAGUGUAUCCUACCAAAAUAAAAGUGGGGUGAAGGGGUCCUGUGUGCAGGAAGAACACUGCUGAAUGUUCCAUAACUUACAAUAUUAUAAAUUCAGUAUUUCUCUGAGCUGUUAGCUAUGACAUUUGAUGAACUGCCACAUUUUUAUGCAGAUUUCAACACUUUAAAUUAUUUUUAGAGUUUGAAUAUUUACAUUUAUUCUUUAUAUUUAAAGGUAACCUCAUGAAUUUAGUUUUGACUCAGUUGAAAAUCCUUCCGUCGAAAGUUUUAAGCAUAAAAUUGUGCCUCUCUUCAUAAAUACACUGAAAAGUGAUAUCAACCCACCUUUAAUUGAUAAAGUUAGAUGUGAUGAAUGCUGCUGUUUAUUAAAUGUGUUAAAUUAUAAUCAGCGACCCAUACAGGUUUUGCCCCCCCACCCCCCAGGAGGGUGGAUGAGUAUUAUUGUCUUCUGCUACACCAUCAGUUGAUGUAAUUGUUAAAAUCUGUACUGUAAAUGUAAGUGUCUGAAUAAAACACCUGAAUAUUUAUUCUUCAUAACAGCAAAGACGUAUCUUAUGCUACCAAAUCCCUGUGUGGGUCCCAAACAGCUGAUUCACAUUCGGUGAGUGCUAAACAGCGGUUGAGACCGGUUUUAGGCAGCUAUGCUUCAGAAGAAAAGAGUCUGUGUGUUUAAAAGAUAAUACUUCCUGUAUAGGGUUAAAAUGCUACGAUUUCAGGUGAUUCAUAAAAAUAACAUUGCUGUUUUGCUUUCUGCAAGGCUCUCUUCCAUAGCUUAUGUAAGAGCCUUUUCUCACACCCCCACCAUCAGAGCCUCACACCAGAACAAUGGCCAAAAACCAAUUCCUUCACACAUCUCUCGUCCUCAGUCUGCAAAAGACUCACGUUUGCUACGGAUAAGGCCUCAGAGUUAAGGCUUUCAUCAAAAAUCUGCUGUUUUUACUUACUGUACGUGUGUUCUGCCCCCUGGUGGGGAAUCUAAGUAUGACAAAGGCACUCUAAGAAAUGAAAUGUUGAAUUUAGUCAACCAAGUUAUGUGAACUGGUUCCACUAAACCCAACUCUUCAAACGUAAAGAGUAAUAUUGUGUUAUAAGUAAAUGUACGUUUAGGAGCAGGGUUAGUGGAACCAGUUGGUCAACAUUUCAUCACUUAGAUUGUGGCAAGUGACAAUUUUAUUUACUUAACUUUUUGGAAUUAACAAUUGCCAAUAUAUAGUUCAAUUUUAAAUAAUGAAUCAUUUAGUUUAUUAUUUUAUGUACCAAAUCUUAAAGGGUUAAAACAUCAAACCCUUUUUUUUUGAUUAUCUCUUUUGUUGUAGAUCAUGCAUGUUCUUUUAUUUAUUAGCAUCUCACAAUUGUUUAGCUUGUUGACAGAAACGCAUCAAAACAGUAAUACCUCCUGCUUUCUAUCAAAUACCAUGUUUACAAAUGAGACCUGCGUUCCAGCUUCUUGGGUUCAUAAAUAGAUCCAACAUCAACAAGUCAGGGUUUCUGCUUUUUCAGCUUAUUUGUCAAGUUCAAAUUCAGUUUUUAUGGGAAAUAAUUACAGAACGGAUUCAUGUCAGGACAAAAAUGCUCUGCAUGAAUAGAGAAGUCAUUUAUGUGAAGUUCGUGAUGCGGUCAAAUGCUUGGUUAAACUUAAACGGAACCAUUUUUCAUACAGAUGCAGACAUUUUGUGGGUGGGUGGGGUACAUAUUUGUCUGAUUUCUCUGGGAAAAGGAAGGCUGACCAUUUCCAUAUCAGUCUGUUGUCUACAUGGGGGGUUAGUGAGGGAAAGUAGACUAUUUAUAUCUUCUUAAGCGUGUCUUCAAAGCUUCCCUGCAGCUCAGUGGCGCCUCACCAAAGAUAAUCACACUGUCUGAGGGGUGUCAUGCACUCAAAGAAACAUAAAAAUACAUCUUUUUUAUGUUGUGAAGUAUUCAUGAGGGUGUUGUUAAAAUAUCAGCUGGUUGCACUUUUCUUUUGCUCUCCAGGUGCAUUUCUGCUUUAUUUUUAACCAGAUAUAAAAGGUAUGAGGGAUGUUUGGCUAGUGUGGAGGAGGGAAACUAGAUCUCGAAGGUUUUCUCCAACUCUUGAAACAAAUGAAAUGCCUGAGCCUACGAUGGACUCGGAAGAUGGAGUAAAACUAGUGCCUCCAAUUCCUUCUGGCAGAAAAUGAGAGAUGUUUAAUUGUCUGUAUCUUGUUCAGAUGUUUUCUUUUUUUAUGUUGUCACCUGAUUUCUCUGGAGGACAUGGUUAUCAAUUCACACUUCAUUAGCCGAGGUGGAAAUGUUUACGUGAUCAUACUCUGAUUAGCAUCCAACAAGACGCCCAGCUCCCUCGCUGAAUCUUCCAUCCCAGUUCAAUUGUCUUCCUAAUCAGUAAUCUAUUCAUAUGUUAUAUUGCUGUAAUUUUAUUUUGAUGUCAGAAAUGAGGACAGAAGACAGAUUCCCCACGCUCCUUUGGAGUUCAUCAGAUACUGUAAAUGCUCAGAUAAUGACAUUAUUCUUCAGAAUAACUCAGCUGCUGUGUGUGUUUUGCUGGUUUGGAGCUCAUUAUUCUUCCAUAUGAGAUUCUGGAGGGCACAAGAGCUUUGAGUGGCUCAUGAAGAAGUGUUAGCCCUCACCGAGAGCAGCACCAACUGGACAUAAUGCACAGAUGACCCUUUAAGGCUUUAUGGUGAAAAGAAAGUGAAGAGUUAGAGAUGUUUAAGGUCGGCAGUGCCAACUAGCCCAUUUGUAGCCUGAACCCUUGCAAAACAAACGGUUAUGGAUGUGUGAAGAUGGGUGACGAGAUGGAUGGAAUGAUGAAAGAAACUGUUUCUACUUCUCGAUGCCGCCUCCAUUACGAUGUCAGCCACUGCUGCAUCUGCAGGUAAUUGCUUUUUUCAUCCGUCUAUGUAGAGACCAGGGCUGAUAGAGAAACAAGGCCGAAACUAACAUUUAUCCUGAAGAGGAAGAAGAGUUGGUUGGGCGUUAGUGUAAAUCAGCUGGUGUCACAUGGUGGGACUGCAGCGACAAGGCUUUGUUCCUGUAGGUCACUUUCUAACACAGCACCUGAAGGGCUACAGCCACACACCGUCUGAUGAACCUUCAUCGUCCUCACCAAGAAAAAACUUAACAUUUAUAUUUAAUUUGGUUUAUUUAUUUAUUCAGUUCAGGCAACAAAAAAAAUUUUUUUUUAACUCAUUCACUGCCAAUGACGACUAAAGUCGUCAUUAGCAUUUUUUACUGUGUGGGCGUUGGAACGAGCCCCCGCACAGUGAGAACAAACAU